AUGGAAAGCUAAUUGAGCAAUGAAGUUCAACUUUAGAUUGAAACAGAGAUCCUAAAAAUAGUAGAUAAAUGUUAAGGACUUUUUUCUACUUUUAAUAAUACAGCAGAAAAGAAAAUAGAAAUUGUUCUAUUUGUAGGAAAAACAGGAGCAGGAAAGAGCACAUUAUUCAACUUUCUUAGCGGAGCAGAGUUCAAAAUUCAAGAGAGAGAAUUAGAACUAAGAAAUCCUUCAAACAAAUUUUCAGAGAUGAAAGGCGGAAUGAAUUCUGUUUCUAAAGAGCCUAAUUAUUAUUUUAAUUCAGAAUAUAAUCAUUUAUUAAUUGACUUCCCUGGUUUUUAAGAUACAAAUGGUCAAUUCGAUCAACUUUUAAUUGAAUUAAUAUUUUAAAAGGUAGUCACUUAAUUACCUAUUAAAGUGGUAUAUGUUAUAAAGAAUAAUGAAAGCACUCUGCCUGAUAGAGGAAUAGAUAUAAUAGAAUUUAUAGAUAAACUAUUUAAAAAAAGUAAUUUAGAUAUUAAUAAGUUUAAUUUAUUAUUAAAUUGCUAUUUAGAAAAUUUGUCAGAUUUUGAAUUGAAACGAAAAAUAAGAAGAGAAUUAACAAAUGCUAAUAAGAAUAAUUAUAUAGAUAAUAUUCUUAUAAUGAGAAAAGUGUAAAAUGCUGAAGAUUUAAAGAAUGUUUUUACAACUUAAAAAAGAAAUGAAUAAUGGAAAGCAUUAUAAUAAAUAAAACCAGUCUAAUUAAAGCCUUAAUCGAUUCCUAAAUUUGCAAUUAUUUCACAAUAUCUAAUAUAAUAAAUUUCAAUGAUUGCUGAUGAAUACAAUAGAAUUAUUUAUGAUAAUGUAGAGAAAUUAUGUGAGUAAAUGAAUAAUUCCAUAAAGAGUGAGCAAAUCAGAUAAACUUAAUCAAUUAUAUAGGUUAUAACUAAAGCAGAAGUUAAAGAUGCUUCUGAAUGGUAUACAACUUUCAUAGAAAAUUGUGGAAAAAUUCCAAACAUUAAUUAAAUUGAAAGGAAUUUAAAUAAUUUUAAAAAGAUUUUCCAUUUUUGUUCCCAAUUUUAGAAUUAAAUUGAAAAUUACUCUGAAGUUAUUUUUUCUAUUAAAAAUACUUAAAAGAAAUUCCAAAAGCUUUAGGAGAACAUAGAUUAGAUAAUUAAAAAUCAAUAGGAAAAAACGUAAAGGGAAUCCCAAAUUGCAAAUCUUUCAUCUUAAAAAGAAGAACUAAAAAAAGAAGUGGGUAUUUAAGGAUAGCAGACUUAAAAACUAUAACUCUAAAUAAAUAGAUAAAAAUAAGAUAGUAUACGGUUAUAAAACUAAUCUCGUAAUUAAUAAUAUUAACACAUGGAGUUAUAAAAAAAAGUGAAAAGGUAAGAAGAUCAUUAUUACUACCUGCAAAAUGAAUUGAGGGAGAUUGAAGUUCGAAAUAAAAUUAGAGAUUUUGUAAAUUUCUUGAUGUUGAUGGAUACAAUAUUUGAUUUUUGA